AUGGAGGCAUUGGUGUUUGAUCCGCAAUCACUAUCAUUGAAAUACCAUAAAUAUUACCCUAUACCAGAAAUAUCGAACGAUGAUGAAGUUAUCGUGAGGGUUGACCACACUGGUGUGUGCGGUACUGAUCUACACAUUAUUCAGGGUGAAUUUCCAGUACGCAACGAUCGCCCAUUUCCCCUGGGUCAUGAAUUUUCUGGCUUUAUCCACGCUGUGGGCAAGAACUCCACAUUUAAACUUGGACAGAGGGUUGCUAUUGAUCCCAACAGUGGCUGCCAACUUUGCGAUUGCUGCCGCUCCGGGAAAUACCAGCACUGCCUAACUGCUGGUCUCAACAGCUAUAUUGGGAUCUUCAAAGAUGGUGGUUGGGCAAAGUACUGUAAAGUACUUCAACAUCAGGUGUACGCAUUGCCUGAUGGUAUCACCAAUAAGCAAGCUUGCUUCGCAGAGCCUCUCUCCUGCGUGGCACAUAGUUUUAACCGCGCCGGCCCUCUCAAAGUUGGAGAAAAGAUCCUCAUCAUCGGUGCUGGUAUCAUUGGUAAACUCUUUGCAUCUGCUCUGUACUACCAAGGCCACAGAAACGUCACCGUCUCCGAAAAGAUUGAAAAACGACUGGACAUUUUCAGAAGGAUGAGUACUGGCUUCAGACUAAUCAACCCGGAUAUAUUAGAACAGGAGAAGAUGCUUUAUGAUGUCAUCAUUGACUGUACAGGUGUCGCGAAAGUUAUGGAGACAAGCGUUGAUUAUAUGAAACAAGGGGGCCGGUACAUCCUCUUUGGAUGCUGCCCACCCUCGGAGACGGCUAGUAUCAAUCUUUACCAGAUCUUCGACAAAGAAUUAACCAUCAUUGGAGUGAAGACCAAUUCCUUCAGCUUCCCCACCGCAAUCGAAUGGAUUAAGGUUAUGGUUCUAUCACUGUUCUUUAGAUACCUGGAGUACCAUAAACUUGGCGUGAAGACAUACUGGCUUUCAGAAUAUGAAACUGCUUUAGCGGAUUUGAGGACUGGACGUGUGGCUAAGAUUAUCUUCAAAACUGCAUCACUACCAUUAAUGUAA